UUUAGUCUUCGUAAGGAAAAUAGGGCAGCGGCACAACCAGACAGACUGGGAAGACGUUUGCUUCACACCCUCCGGCUGGGCUCUUCGGCCUCCGCCAUCUAUCACCUCAAGGCCCGAAUGGGGCGGUACCGGAAGUGAGGAAAACCGGAAGUGAUGAGCCGGAAGUGAAUGAGGGCUGGAAGCUUCGACUGGGUUGGAGCAGGUGCCCACGGGACCCGAUGGUUUGAAUUUGAGCGGGAAAGGGUCCCGGGGCCUCAGCUGGCACCUUACCUGAGGAAAUUGAUACUUUAUCAACAUGGAGAUUAAUCAUUUGUAUUUGGGAGCAGCAGAACUACUUGUCAAGAGUUUUAUAAACCAGUAACACAAAUUCCUGUUCCAUUGCUCUCACCCUCCCUUUUCACCUUCAAACUUGUCCUACCUAUGGCAUUCAGGAGGCAAAUGAAAAACUUCAUGAAAAAUUACUCAGAUGCUGAAAUAAAAGUCAGGGAAGCAACUUCUAAUGACCCUUGGGGUCCCUCUAGUUCUCUGAUGUUGGAUAUCAGUGAUUUGACUUUCAACACAAUUUCUCUCUCGGAGAUUAUGAAUAUGCUAUGGCAGAGACUCAGUGACCAUGGGAAGAACUGGCGUCAUGUGUAUAAAUCCCUUACCCUAAUGGAUUAUCUCAUCAAGAAUGGAUCAAAGAAAGUUAUUCAUCAUUGCAGAGAGGGGUUCUGUAAUCUUCAUAUGCUAAAAGACUUUCAACACAUAGAUGAAGCUGGAAAAGAUCAAGGUUAUCAUAUCCGGGAAAAGUCUAAGCAAGUCAUAACAUUGCUAAUGGAUGAACAGAUGCUGUUUAAAGAGAGGGAAGUGGCAUGUCGGACUAGACGACGCACUUCCUACUCCAUGACAUUUCCUAAAAGAUUACCUAGUACAGGUAACUCACCAACAGCAUGUGCAUCUGCCCCCACACCAGAAAUUCCUGCUUCAGAGAAGAAGCACCAGCUUCUUAAGGUGGCAAGACUACGUAGUAAAAAAAAAGAAGGAUUGAAGCAAGAGCUGCACCAAGACAUGCAGUCGCCUGCUGGCACGGUGUUGUCCCAGGAAAUUCUACCACUCAGGAUAAAUUCAUGGAAAUCAACAGAGGACCUGAUGCGAUUUUAUGAUGAGGAUCCAAAGCCAACACUACCUCCUUCCAUUAUCUCUUCAUCUAGGUGGUUGUCAGAAGGACAAGCAGAAGUUUGCAGUCUCUGGGAUGCAGAUGCUGUACCUACUCCUUCAGAAAAAAGCCCAUCUCUGCAGACAAAUGUGAGUUUGGACAAGAAAUCAGAGAAUACCAUUACAGAUACUGUAGCCAAAAACCCCUUGCAAACACUGCAGAAAAGGCAGGCAGCCUCAGAAAGUUUUGAAACAUUGACAACUUUACCAGCAUUUUGGUCAUCGAGUAAAGAAGAGUUUAUCAGUUCCGAUUUAAGGAUAUCACAGUCAGAUUCUACUUCCUAUAAUCAGUCCUCUAUAGAGACACUGUAUGUCUCUCCCUCAUUCGAAACAUGUAACCCCACGAAGGGGACUGUAAUCAACGAGGACCUUCAGAAACCAGUGCAGGCCAGCACUGUUCAAGUGCACGAUGCAGACCUCAAGGCCCCAGCCACGUGGGUUCCAACUACCUCUGAGGGAACAUCUUCCUUUUCUACUUUAUCCGUGUCAUCUCCUGAUUUGAACUCUCCAGAGAAGACAGUUCAUCACUUCCCCCCGACCUUGCCUGGAUCUUCCUUGUGGACUUUGUCCCACCAGCAGUCACGUUCUGCCUCCCUUCAACAUAAAGAUAAGACAGCCAAGGCUCAACAACAUUUUGCUCCCAGUGGUCCAUUGUUUUCUGAUGAAGAGGAAAAUGACAUCUUCAAUCUACUAGAAAUGCUUCCAGAUAACUCUGAUUCUGCUAAGAAGAUAAGUCAUAUUUCCAGGAGUAAUUGGAUAGAGUUCUCUGCCCAAAAUGUAGACCACUCCUGCUCUGUCCCCUGUUCUAGUUUUCAACCAACCAAAGGCUUGCCUAGGGAACCCGAAGCAAAGAGUUCCAUUAAAGUUCUCCUAGGGGAUGUAAAAAGUGCAGUAGUUAGACUACAUGAAGAUCUGAGCACGGUGAUACAAGAACUCAAUGUCAUCAGCAGCCAUCUCAUCAGCAUGAGUGGGAGUAGUCUGCAAACCAACAAAUCUUUGCAGGACCCCCAGUCUUCUGAGGGAAGUUCAGAUCAAAUCUAAUCAUCUCAGCUGACAUUUUGAUAGAAUUCGGUGGUUCCACGUCUCAAAGACUUACAUUAGCAUUUUCUAGAUUCCCAUAACCAUGGGCAAAAAGUAAUGGUUUAAUUUCUCCUUGCUGGGUUUAUUAACAAACCAGUAAAUUCAUUUGGGUGGUUUAUUUUUUAAGAGAAAGAAGUCACUUUGUUAAUUUCAGAUUUAGAUACUAAUUCAUUUGAAACUGAAGAGAAUUUCAUUCUUUAUCUCAAAAUUGGGGAAGCAUUAGUGAAAGUUUUGGCAAGACUUCAAACUGCAAAUAACUACUUGAAAGCUCUUGGAUAAGUGAGCAAGUAAGAAGCCUCUCACUUCCCAGCUGUGUGAAGUUCCACUAUUCACAUGCCUCUACCAGGACCUGGGAGGACUGUAUUGGAGCGCACCUCUCACAUGUUCUCUUGCAAGUUUCAAGUCCUAUAAACCAAAGGCCAGAAAUCUCCCUUUUCUUCUCUCAGAUGUCAGUGUUGAGAGCUAAGUUGAAAAAAGUAGGAUGUGGGACAGGUGCUUUGUUGUUAAUAUACAUUUCAAAGUGAAUUCAAGCACAUACUUUUUUCUUCUAUUUCAGAAAAUAAAUUUUUUUCACCUUA